AUGUCUUCUGGACAUAAUGAUCCGAAGCUCCUCUACGCUGUAGAGGGCAUCAACGCCUAUCACAUUUCCAAUGGCAAAGAGCAGUCCCUCACUCCCUCAGGACCUCAAACCCUGUCCCUCCUCAUGGUCCCGACCUCAUCUGGCUUUGUCGAACCUUCGGGCAGCGGUUCUGAUGGCGAGGAGGACUUUUACCUGCACCUCCACCUACCACCCGAGCUCGACCUCCCUCUUCCCGCUACGACCCAGAUCUACCACCAACCACCUACGAGCUAUUUGAUUCCUCGCUGGGAUCUCGGCCCCGAUAGCGGCGCUUUCACCAGGAUCGAAUUCCCUCCCACCAACUCCAGGCCGGGGGUUCAGGAAGAUGUCGAUACUUUCGAGACCAUCCUCGCCCAGUGCACUGCUUUCCUUGAACGAGCAGCUCCUCCUCAGCCUCCAAGACCCUCCGAGAAGGCCCAAGCCAAGGCGCGCGAAGCAGCCGGCGAGCAACUCCCCGCUUACAACCCAGCUGACUAUAACCCCGGAGAAGGGUAUGUCCAGGGCAGCCAUAGCUCACAUACUGGAGGCAGGAUUGUCCUUAUCGAUGAGGAAGACGGCAGUGUCCUUGGAGAGUUGACCGAUAGCUAUCAAGUGGUGGAAGACAGCAAAAUCAAACCCGGCUCCAAAGAGCCUGUCGAGAUUGCUCUUCCUACCGACGGUGGCCAGAACAUUUCUGUGCAGCCUGUGUCGCAGCCAUGGGCUGAGAUGGACAUGCACCCUGCCUAUAAAAAGUCAACCAUUGUGAGCAGUGCAAGCAAGGCAUCUCGCCUUAUCGUCACAACUUCCGAUGUUGUCUCUAGAACCCUUCAGAGCCAAGCCGACAGCUUCACCAAGAACACAAAGCCUCUCGCCAAGCCUGUGACAUUUGCGCCUACAACACAUGCGCAUAUUCGCCGGAUCAACAACUUCUCCAACAAAGCAGCCACAUUUUCGGCAACCACUGUGGGCACUAUCGGCAACAUGGCACAAAACCUGGGUGCAACUGUCACUCGUCGCAAAGAUGGUAGAGCCAGGGGUUAUGACAAGGACGGCAACGUGAUUGAUACCUAUAAACCAGGUGUGCUGAACAAGAGCCUGAUGGCCUUCAAUACUGUCGUUGACGGUAUUGAGCAAGCCGGUCGCAAUCUCCUCACCGGCACAUCAUCCAGCGUGACAACUGUUGUCGGCCACCGUUGGGGUGAGGAGGCUGGUGAGUUGUCGCGCAAUCUUGGCGGGGGUGUCAAGAACGUGGGACUUGUCUACAUUGACGUGACAGGUGUAUCUCGACGUGCCAUCCUCAAGAGUGUUGCUAAGGGCAUGGUAGUUGGCAAGGUCAAAGGUGGUGGUGAGAUCAUCGUGGGAGGCACUGAUAACAACCCUAACUUUGAGACAAGAGAGGGCAGUGGCCAGGGCUCACACAACACAUAUGGUGACAAUGUGAGUAUCGCCAGUGGAUAUGAUCCCAACGGUAAGAAGCCUGCCAAGGGACAUUACUGA